UACUUGGCCGACAAGAUGGCGGCCUCCAUGUUGGGCUGGGCGCUGCAGGCCGCUCGGCAGGUGCUCCCCUCGGCGUGCACGAGGCAAGUGCGGAGCUACUAUGUGGACUGGAGGAUGCUGCGGGACGUCAAGAGACGGAAGCUGGCCUAUGAGUACGCGGACCAGAGGCUGAGGAUCAACGCCAUCCGCAAGAACACCAUCCUCCCCAAGGAGCUGCAGGAAGUGGCUGAUAAAGAGAUCGCUGCCUUGCCCCGGGACAGCUGCCCUGUGAGGAUCCGCAAUAGGUGUGUCCUGACGUCCCGCCCUCGGGGGGUGAGGCGGCGUUGGAGGCUCAGCAGGAUUGUUUUCCGCCAUUUCGCUGACCACGCUGAGAUGUCUGGGAUACAGAGGGCUAUGUGGUAGAUCACCACCUGGAUACGCGGUCGGGAGCAGAAAACACAGAACAGGCCCAGUUUGUGUGUUCCAGUAAUUAAAGCAAGAUCAUCCAGGAAGGACUCCAGCAUCAAUAUCAAAUAAGAGGAAGUUGAGAAGCCACGCCGAUUCAUUAAACUCGCUUCCUGGAUUGCAGUUGGUAUCAGUUGACAAGCAGCAGUGUAACUGAAUUAAGCUGGUGUGUACGAGAGGCAGUUUUACUUUGAGGAGAGAAAGUCACUACCUGAUUGUUGCAGAGCUAGGCUGAGCUUUGUGAUAUGGGCAACAUGAGAAAUAAAGACAUACAGCACAA